UAUUCGUAUUCCUCAUCAAUCAUACAUAUUCAAUAUCAUCAUCAUCAUCGGUGUCGUUAUGUACCAACCCUCCAACUGAGAGAGCGAGAGAGGGAGAGAGGGGGAGAGAGAUGGAGGGGAGAGCGAGGGGUUCACUGCCGUUUGUGGGGAUGAUGAUGGUGGUUCUGGCUCAGGCGGGCAACAUGGUGGUGAUGAAGAUGGCCAUGUCCGACGGGAUCAACAAGUACACCAUGGUCUUUUACAGUAACGCCCUCUCCUCUCUCGUCCUCCUUCCUUGUCCCUUCAUCUUCUCUCGCAGGUCAGGGUCAUGUCCUCCUCUCACUUCCUCUGUACUUGGCAAGAUCUUCUUGCUCGCUCUGGUUGGAUUCGCAGCACAGAUGUCUGGGUACGUCGGCAUCGAUUACAGCUCCCCUGUUCUGGGCACGGCCAUGAUGAACCUCAUCCCAGCUUUCACUUUCAUUCUCGCCAUUAUUUCAAGGAUGGAGAAAGUGAAUUGGAAAAGCUCAAGCAGCCAAGCUAAGCUUGUGGGAACCAUAGCUUCCAUCCUUGGUGCAUUCGUAGUCACUCUCUACAAGGGUCCACCGAUUCUCCCUUCACCAUCGCCUCCCUCCGUCCAACCUCGCCACCUUCUAUUUCUCCUCUCGCGACAAUCCAACUGGAUCCUUGGCGGGUUUCUCCUCAUGGCUGAAGCUUUCUUCAUAUCAUUGUUGUACAUCGGACAGGCAUUUAUCCUCAAAGAUUACCCCGUGGUGCUGAACAUAAUGUUCUAUUAUAUGUUCUUUUCGACUAUUCUUUCCUUGCUGUUGUCUGUCAUUACAGUGAGAGAACCAGAGUCAUGGAUUUUGAAUGUCGAUGUAGGUCUGAUUGCUAUUUUAUACUCGGCUCUUGUUGCUGGCGUCUUCAGAAUCACAAUGUGUACAUGGUGCCUGAAGAGAGCCGGACCUGUUUAUGUCUCCAUGUUCAAGCCCUUGGGAAUUGUAUUUGCUGUUGGAUUGGGGUUCAUAUUUCUAGGCGAGAUGUUACACCUUGGAAGCCUAAUUGGAGCACUCGUGAUUGUGAUGGGAUUCUACGUGGUAGUGUGGGGCAAGUCCAAACAGGAAGAGAAGACAAUCGAGGGCAGUGGGGUUGGGGAGUGCUUGGCGUCCUCCAGCCAUAAGAUUCCUUUGCUCCAAAGCAAUGCUUAAAGCGUAUAGACAUUCUUGGCGACACAAAAAAGU